ACUUGUUGUACGGGUACACGGCGCAAUGGCUGCAUGGCUAUUGUUGCGAGCUCAAGCCAAGGCUCCGCCAGACCGUGCCCACGCCAGACUAGAAUCGCGGCAGUGAUUCCGUUUGUUUGCGCCAGCCCCCAGCGGCGCCGCCACCGGCCUAGCUCGGGCCAAGGCUUGGGGGAGCGAAAACCCCGCAAUGGCUGCGUUAAUACGGGGGAUCCCCAGCGGUCCAGCCCACCAGCACUAGCACAACCCCAGCGGGCUCCAGCGGGCUCCAGCAGCCCUCAGCGCUCUCAGCGACGCGCAGCGCAGCGCAGUGCAGCGCAGCCGCUGGCCAUUACGAAAUCGAUCCCACGAGCAUCGCCGCGCUGGCUGAGCUUAAGUCGACGACUAGCCCGGCUUGAGCACGUCGGGUCUCCACGCCGAGCCCCGUCACAAAAAGUUUUUGCCGCCGCCGCCGGAGUCGCUGGCUCCAACGUCCGCCAGAGCCCGUUGCUGCGCUGCUCGCAUGCCUCGUUGCUGCGCGACCUCAACUGCGACCUCGACCUCGACUGCGACCUCGAUUCCACGUCAUCGCAGCUUCCGGUGCUCGGUUCCGAUCCUCACAGUGCCGAGACGUCUCCAGCCUGGCCUGCGCAUCGCUCACACGCCGCAUGGUGGGCGUGGCCAAGCGUAUGGGUAACGGGUGGCUGCAGCAAAUCGCCUCUCCCUUGGACUCUUCCACCACAUUAUCCCGUCUCUAUCCAUAGACGCGGCGUCACCUCUUGCCCUCGCCCUCACUUCUGCCCCCGCGAAAUCCUGGGCCGAUCGAUCACACCCCCCCAGCAUCCGAAUUGGAAGAGGACAAGACAGAUCCUGCCCCCGGCUGCGCUUCCGCCUUGGAGUUCACUGGCCUCCAUGCCGCCGGCGCCGCAGCUGUAUUGAAAUUCUGCCGCCCUGUCACACGACCGACGCCUCUUGUUGUGCGCCUGAGCUUCUGACGAAGCCUAUUGGCCUUGUCGACCGUAUCCACGUCUUUGAGAAUACGAACUGGCCGUCCCCUCGACGUUUGCCAGCUUCCCACGCGAUCAGCCCCCGGAUCUUCCCUCCCGCGACCGGUCAGCGCAUACCAGCUAGUGCAGUCUGAAGCUGCGCAGUCGAGCGCAUAUACACACGCAGAUACCGACAAGUGUUCUACUC